AUGCCGUCAACAAACUAUAUUGCCUCAGCAAUAUUUGCACUGUCACUGUCACUUGGAAUCUGGCGAUUCGAGUUCUUUAAAAAACCGUCAAGAAUAAAAUGCUACCAGCGUAUUGACACUCUGUCCCCGGCUAAUGAUUCGUUCACCUGCAUUUGCGCAUCUGGCCAGAGUGGGCGGGUUCUCCGCCUUUUUAACCAAAGUAGUUAUAGCGAUAGUGGUGGCUCAGAGACUUGGGAUGUGAGCGCCGGCUAUGCGAUUCCGGGUUUGUGGGAUGGGCACGGACAUGUUUUGCAAUAUGGGGAGAUGUUGAGUGGUGUCAAGCUUUAUGGGGCAGGGAGCGUGGACGAAAUCAAGACGAGAAUUAAGGAAUACUUGAAAAAGAACCCAACGCACGGGAAUCAGGAGAAGUGGAUCCGGGGGAUCGGGUGGGAUCAGAAGAAUUUUGGCGGGGUUAUGCCAGUUGCUGCACAACUCAGUCAGGAUCCGGAGUUAUCUGGACUGUAUAUCAUGCUGGACAGAGUUGAUGCUCACUGCGUUUGGGUUUCUGAACCGGUUCUCAAUCUCCUCCCAAACCCAUUCCCGGAGAUCCCCGGAGGUGAGGUAAUCACCAACCCAGGAGUCGGGGUGUUCUGUGAUAACGCUAUGGACCCCGUAUCCGAUAUCUGGCCGCGCCCCGGGCGUGAUGAGAAGAUUGGAUUUCUGGAGGAUGUGAUGAAAUCGCUGCAUUCGGUUGGCGUUGUUGGGGUGCACGAUGCGGGUGUACUCCCAACUGAUGUAGAAAUCCUUAAUGAUCUUGCGGAUGUAGGGAGGUUAACUUUAAGGUUCUACGCAAUGCUGGAGUGUCCGGAUGGGAAGUUGAGUGUGCGGUCUGUUAAGCUAUUUGCCGGUAUAUACCCAAUCGGCCGUGGAAUUUCCUCUGCAAGGCCGACUAACGACAUGACAGAUGGGGCCCUUGGAUCCUGGGGUGCCGCCCUCCUAUUGCCAUACUCCGACAAACUCAACGCGACCGGCAGCAUGCUAAUCGGAGAGGAAGACCUCUACUCCGUUGCGAAGGGGUGGGAUGACCUGGGCUACCAGGUGAAUAUCCACGCAAUUGGUGACCGCGCAAACCGGGCUGCCAUAACAGCCUUCGAGAAAAUUCUGAAACCCCUCUGCCCCCAGAGCCCCUACCGUGAAACCUGUAGCCUCCGAUCAUUUCAGGAUGAAAAACGCUUUAGGAUAGAGCACGCACAGAUAAUAUCCCUAGGGGACCAAGAAAGACUCGUCAGCAUGGGAAUUAUCCCGUCGAUACAACCUACCCAUGCCACCAGCGACAUGGCAUACGCCCUCUCGCGCCUCGGUUCCGAACGUCUUGCGGGGAGUGCAUAUCGGAUGAAGUCAUUCUACAAUGCAGGUCUACCAGUAAUUCUGGGCUCGGACUUUCCCGUAGAACCACCUUCCCCCUUUGCAGGCAUCUAUGCCGCAAUGACUAGACGUUCGCCAGAAGACGGUAGCUCAGAGAACAAUACCUGUCCGACAUGCGGCUGGUAUCCCGAGGAGAAAAUUACCCUCCAGGAGGCACUAAGCGGGUUUGGUGCACAUGUGGCGUGGGGCGGGUUCAUGGAUGAUAAGGGGGUUGGGGAGUUGAAGGUUGGUGGGUGGGCGGAUUGGAUUGUGCUUGAUAGGGAUAUCUGGGCAGUGGGCGAGGAGGGGAUAAGAGAUGCGAAGGUGCUUGAGACUUGGGUUGGUGGGAGGAGGGUUUGGGCUGCCUGGGAACAGCCGGGGAAGCCGGGCUCGUGGUGGAGGAGGUUGUGGCAUAAAGUCAUGCUGGGCGAGUAGGAUGAACGGGGGUGUGAACACAUGGGAUUCUAAAUUAAUUAAUUAGGUA